AUGCAGUGUACUGUGCUGGUGCGAUUGUCCUGCACGACAGAGGGCAGAGAAGAGAAGGCCCAAAAGGAAGAUGAGAAGACUGUAGCGGUAACAAGCAGAGGCAUAGUUGCUGCAGAGGCCUGCUACCCGGUUUCAUGCUGUGAAGAUUAUACCAGAAUCAAGAAAAAGGAACCUGAGUCCAAAAAGAAUGAUGAUGAAACAGAUGGAGAGGAAAUGUGUAAAAGGAUUGAAAGGGAAGCCCAGAAAGAGCAGCAAAACAGACGAACGUUGAACGCCACCAUGGCUAACGAUGCAGACAGAAUUGGAGAUCCGGUAACCUCGACCACAGUUCUCUGUGGAUGUAAACGGAUAUCCGUCAGCUCGUUACGUGGCAACCGAUUCAUCAAGGCCGCUUUCCUCGUCCUCCUGAUCGUUUGUCUGUAUGCCUGGAGCAGUAAUUGGAGUCACAGCGGCGUUUCGUCCCGUUGUCGCUCCCGGCUGAACGGCACCUCCUUCCUGAUGCGACCCGCCAGCCGCUGCGACGAAGGCGCCCCCUUCCUGGUCCUACUGGUCACCAGCUCCCCGGGUCAGUUCGAGGCUCGAUCGGUCAUCCGCCAGACUUGGGGGAGUGAGCGGUGGGUUGGCGGAGCCCGGGCAGUCACCUAUUUCGUGCUGGGACAUGGAAGGCAUCAGCAGGAUUGGAUUCAAAGAGAGGGUGAUAUGCACCGGGACAUCAUCCAGGCUGAUUUCGAUGACACGUACUACAACCUGACCCUCAAGGUGCUGGUGGGUCUCGAGUGGCUCUGCUGCUACUGUCCCUCUGCCGCCUUCGUGAUGAAGACCGACUCCGACAUGUUUGUGAAUACCGACUACCUGCUGGAGCUCCUCUCCCGCGCCCCCCGCAGCAGCUUCGCCACCGGGGCCAUUUUCAGAAACUUCAAGCCUAUACGCGUGAAAUGGAGCCGUUGGUACAUCAGCAAGGAGGAGUACCCUGGGGCAACCUACCCACCUUUCUGUUCCGGCACCGGCUACGUCAUGUCCACCGACGUGGCUUGCGGCGUGUGGAACCUCUCCGGGACCGCACCGAUGUUCAAACUGGAGGACGUCUACGUGGGGCUGCGUCUCGCGGAGCUGAAGGUAAAUCCGGUGCCAAUCCACUCAAAGCCCAUGUUCUUCUACCACAAGGUACCGUAUUCUGCCAGCACCUACCGGCGUCUCGUCACCUCGCAUCACAUAACGAACUCGGAGAAGCUGCUCUACUGGAAGGGGGUUCAGGACUCGGACACCUCUCUGGCGGUGGCAGACACGUUUGGCUUGAAUCCAGCAGAUGCCACCAACGUCCUAAGGCAGGUCAGCGGAGUCUGCAUCAACUCUGGCAGCCACAUUGACAUCAGAGCGGGCCGAGGGAACCUCCCAGAGUCAUCGUUCAGUUCAUUGACUGAACGCGAUCACCCCAUUGCCUCCCGAUUGAAAGGGCUCCGGAUGCGAUUGUGUCGGGAGUGGAGUCGCGAUUUGGGAUUCAUCGCCAUUGGAAUCAUGGUUCAGUUGGGUGAGGCCGAGGGGAAGGUCGAAGGAGUGCGAAUCCAUAGCUUAUAG